UGAGAGAAGAAAAGUGAAGGGUCAACCAGCCCACCUUGGCCUUAGCUACUGGUUUACGCUGCUCCUCGCUUUGAGGAUAUGGUUCACAUAUAAUUUUGGAGGGCUCGGGCACUUCACAUGUGCUUUUGUUUUUCUCUUUUCUUUUUCCUCUUAGAGGUGCGGGAACUUCACUAUUUGUGUUUCCAUUUUCAUUUCUUCUUGGUGACAGUUCGAGUAGAAUGGAAGCCGGAGGCGACGUGUAGAGGAGCUUUUUCAAUUUGCAAGUGCCCUGUUUUCUGUUUAUUGUAGGCGGCCGGAGUGGGUUGAAAAAAGGGGUUCUGUGAAGGCGAAGUAGGCGGAGAGGGAGAGGGAGAGGGGGAGAGACGGAGGCACUAGCGUUCUGCUUGGCUUCUUUCUCUUUCUUUCUGCCCUGUAAACAGCGUGUGAGAAGGAGCUGUGGGCAUUGGUUCAUAACCUAUUUUUAAUGCUUUUGCCUCAUCUCGCUUCUCCAUUUUCUCCCUAGUUUCAAAUCACUACUCCUUUUCCUUUAAUACAUCUUUUGUAUCUAUAUCAUCGUUCUCUUUUCUGCGAAUUUGUUAAAUUUAGUGAAGGUUAGUAAAUGAGCUGAGGAGUUCUUAGAUCUGAGUAGUUAGAGCACAGGAAAAAAGAUUAGAUUUUGCAAAGAAUAGAAGGCUAAAAAUGAGUUUUGGUGGCUUGUUCGACGGCGACUCAGGUGGUGGCAGGCUGGUUUCCGAUUUGCCGUAUGGAAGUUCCGCCAUGGUUUCUCAGCCCCGCCUCGUCUCAAAUUCUGGUGUUCCUAAGCCUAUGUUUGGCUCAACCGGCCUCUCCCUCGGUCUUCAAUCUAAUCUGGAGGGUCAGGGAGACUUUAGCCGGCUCGCCUCCGUCAGCGGGGGAGGAGUAGGAAGUGUUGGUGAGCUUGACGUUCUCUGCCGGAACAAAGAAGAUGAAAACGAGAGUAGGUCAGGAAGCGACAACUUGGAAGGAGGAUCCGGCGACGAUAUGGAUGAGAACCCUCGCAAGAAGAAGCGUUACCAUCGUCACACUCCGAAUCAAAUUCAAGAGCUGGAAGCUCUCUUCAAGGAGUGCCCUCACCCAGAUGAGAAGCAACGAUUGGAACUGAGCAAGCGGCUCGGUCUGGAGACUCGCCAGGUCAAAUUCUGGUUUCAAAAUCGCCGAACUCAAAUGAAGACUCAAAUGGAGCGCCAUGAGAACACAAUCUUAAGGCAGGAAAACGAUAAGUUGAGAGCUGAAAGCAUAACAAUCAGGGAUGCUAUUAGGAAUCCUAUCUGCGGGACCUGUGGCGGGCCGGCGGUCCUCGGUGAAGUCUCACUUGAAGAGCAGCACCUGAGAAUUGAGAAUGCAAGGCUAAAAGAUGAGCUCGAUCGUGUCUGCACUCUCGCCGGUAAAUUUAUUGGGCGGCCUAUCUCUUCUCUAGUGAAUUCGAUCUCAACUCCAGUGCCAAACUCAUCUCUCGAGCUUGCCGUUGGAGGCAAUGGCUACGGUGCUUUCGGAUCGGUUCCUCCCACCUUUUCAUCUGUGUCGGAUUUCGUUGCUGGAGCAUCAAGCCCAUUAGGGACGGUCAUUACUCCUCCCGCGAGGACCUCGAUACCUUCUGUUGAUAGGUCAAUGGAGAGAUCUAUGUUCUUAGAGUUGGCUUUGUCUGCCAUGGAUGAGCUUCUGAAGAUGGCUGAGAUGGGGGAGCCACUAUGGAUUCCUGCCCAAGAAAAUGGUAAAGAGGCUUUGAACUAUGAACAUUAUGAGCAUUUGUUCCCUCGCUGUAUUGGUAUGAAGGAGGUUGGUUUGGUUUCGGAGGCCACGAGGGAGACCGCCAUGGUUAUCAUCAACAGCCUUGUGCUUGUUGAAACUCUCAUGGAUGCGGUCCGUUGGGCGGAAAUGUUCCCUGGCAUGAUUGCAAGAACAAUCACAACUGACAUAAUCUCUACUGGAGUAGGCGGUUCAAGAAACGGAGCACUUCAACUAAUGCACGCUGAGCAACAGGUUCUCUCUCCCCUCGUUCCAAUCCGGGAAGUAAACUUCCUCAGAUUCUGCAAGCAGCUCGCCGAUGGUGCUUGGGCGGUCGUCGAUGUCUCCAUUGAUGACCUCCGAGAUACUCACAGUUCGGCCACUGGCAUUAGCGCUAAAUGCCGCAGGCUUCCUUCUGGCUGCGUUGUGCAAGACAUGCCCAAUGGUUACUUAAAGGUUACGUGGGUGGAGCACGCUGAGUACGACGAAACGGCGGCGCAUCAGCUUUACCGGCCGCUGCUGCGCUCCGGCAUGGCGCUUGGGGCGCAGCGAUGGGUUGCCACACUGCAGCGCCAGUGCGAAUGCCUUGCCAUCCUUAUGUCCUCCUCCGUCCCUAACCGCGACCACGCUGGGAUAAUGCCGGCGGGGAGACGGAGUAUGCUAAAAUUAGCGCAAAGAAUGACAGACAACUUCUGCGCUGGGGUUUGUGCUUCGUCAGCGCGAAAGUGGAGCCACCUGGCGAACAUGGGAAGUAUAGGUGAGGACGUCAGGAUGAUGACCAGGCAGAGCAUGGAGGAUCCCGGCGAACCGCCCGGUGUCGUUCUCUCAGCCGCCACUUCCGUCUGGCUCCCCGUCUCCCCGCACCGCCUCUUCGACUUUCUCCGCAAUGAGACCCUCCGUAGCCAGUGGGACAUUCUCUCCAAUGGCGGACCAAUGCAAGAGAUGGCUCAUAUUGCAAAAGGCCAGGAUGAAGGCAACGCCGUCUCCUUGCUCCGCGCCAGUGCGGUGAGCGCGAACCAGAGUAGUAUGUUGAUACUGCAGGAGACGUGCACGGACGCGUCGGGGUCGAUGGUUGUGUACGCGCCGGUCGAUGUGCCGGCGAUGCAUUUGGUGAUGAACGGCGGGGAUUCGGCGUACGUGGCGCUGCUGCCGUCUGGGUUUGCGGUGAUGCCGGAUGGGCCAGUGGCGGCGGGUGGGGAAGGGAAGAUUGGUGGUGGGUCGUUGCUCACGGUCGCUUUUCAGAUAUUGGUGAAUAGUCUGCCGAUGGCGAAGCUGACGGUGGAGUCGGUGGAGACGGUCAACAAUUUGAUAUCUUGUACCGUGCAGAAGAUUAAGGCGGCUCUGCAGUGCGAGAACUGAAAGGAAGAAUGUCAGGUGAGGGCGGGUUGAGUCAAGAACGAACCGCGCGCUUGGGGGAGAAACCUUUGCUUUGUGAUGAUGAUGCUGCCGCCGGCCGAGAACGGGUGGCGGUUUAUGAAAUCCUCAGCACCGAGCAAUGGUGGUGGUUCGGGUAUUGACUUAACCUAAUCUUUCUUUUCUGUUCUAAGGACCGUUAAGGCAGAAGAGAGCUCAUUUGUCAUAUACUCUUUAAAACUGUUUAUCUUGUUGUGCACAUGAUGUAUGGUUAUUAUUGUUACAUUUUCUUAAUUUUGUUUUUCUCUUUGGAGGGAUUUAUAUACAUAGCAUUCACUUCA